UCCCGGGUUUACCAACACGGACGUACCCUCUGGCGAUGAGUUGUUGACAGCGUCGAAGGCAUAGUUGAAGAUAUGUCCAAGUACUUGGCCACGGGUAUUGCGAGCGCAGGUGUCUCUGCCGCUGUUGCGAACUUCUUCUGGGGCAAAUCAUCCACGGAGACGAAUGCUCAACAGGCCAAUGGCGCAAACACAGCGUCUAAGAACCUGCCAACGACGAUUACCGGCGGUGGCACGCUUGUGUCUCCGGGAGGUGUUAACCCAUCAGAGUUCUUCAAGUAUGGGUUCCCAGGCCCUGUCCAUGACUUGAAGACCCACCAGGAGUACAUCUCGUGCUAUGACAGACAGAAGAGAAACCCGUAUUACGUUGUGGAGCACAUCACGCCUGAGUCGCUCAAGAACUCUGGAAACGUUGAUAGAAAGAAGUCCGUCUUCAAGGAAGACGAGCAGAUCCCUCUGGCAUUCAGGGCACAGUUGAGGGAUUACUUCAGAUCUGGGUAUGACAGAGGUCACCAGGCACCAGCAGCCAAUGCCAAAUUCUCGCAAGAGGCGAUGAACGAGACAUUCUUGUUGACAAACAUAUCGCCACAAGUUGGCGAUGGCUUCAACAGAGACUACUGGGCUCACCUGGAGUACUUCUGUCGCCAACAGGUGGCGAACUUCCCAAGCGUGCGCCUGGUGACAGGCCCAUUGUACCUUCCAAAGAAGUGUGCCGAUGGUAAGUGGAGGGUUGAGUACGAAAUGAUCGGAAAUCCUCCAAACAUUGCAGUGCCAACGCAUUUCUUCAAGCUCGUUGUCGGUGAAAAGCCCAACGGUGACUUGAGCGUGGCUGCUUUCGUGCUUCCAAACGGUGUCAUUGACAACAAGACCUCGCUGACGGAGUUUGAGGUCCCUGUAGAGGCCCUUGAAAGAUCCUCUGGCUUGACCUUUCUGCAGAACGUGCCACAGGGCAAGAAGAAGCAGCUGUGCAAGGAGGUCAAGUGCGAGAUCACCGUGAGGGAGUUCGAUAACGCUACAAAGACCUUACCACCAAAGAAAGACGUGCUCUUACUUCCCCCACCUAAGUGAAACCUGUAUAUAGAACCUCAGUACAUUCAGACAAUACUCCUUGAAGCGUCGACAAACGAGGAGUAGAAGAUCUUGACGUUGUUCACGUUCAGCACGUACCGUACCUUGUUCUCCAAGUCGUGCACAGUGAAGUUGUCUAUAGUCUCAUUCGUUAUCUUUCCCAGGAGGUACAGCCUUUGUAGAUUUGGUAUGUUCUUCAAAAACUUCAUGAUCC